AUGCUAGGGUUCCGCGGUACCCUGGUUGAAUACCGCUGGUGUAAGGACACAAAUGUCCAGGGACGCAAUUGUCUGAUACGCAAUUGUUCAGAGGGCAAAUAUCCUACAACUGUCCUUUCAUCUGUUCAUAUCUAUCUAUCUCUCUGUCUUUCUAUCGAUUUCAGUCUGUUCAUAUCUAUCUCCUCUGUUCUAUCUAUCUAUCUAUCUUCUAUCUAUUCAUCUAUCUAUCUCAAUCUGUUCAUAUCUAUCUAUCUAUCUAUCUAUCUAUCUAUCUAUCUAUCUAUCUAUCAGUAUCCCGCCAUCUUCACUCUGAACAGAUGCCACGACAAGAAGAGAGAAAUCUCCAGCGUUACCUUUCUAUUCAUCUUGCCUGGAGGAUCAACCAGCAACACCUACCAGUUCAAUACAGCAAAACAAAAGUUUCCUAUCAUUGAAGUUUUCCUCGAGGGCUAUGCACAGUAUAAUAAAGUAAACGUAUUUCUUUCUUAUAUCUGGGCACAUAUUUCUCUGGAAUGUCAGGGCGCACUUGGACAUCCUCCAAGGGGCAACCUAGACAUCUUCCAUGGCGCACCUAUACAUUUUCCAGGGCGCACCUAG